AUGGAAGGCCAGAAUCUCUCGAAACUUGAGCCAAAGUCGAAGAAACACACCUUUGUAGGUUUUGCUGAUGGCCCAAAGGCCGUGCGCUACUACGAUGUGGGUGCGUGCUCGAUCCGAGUCUCGCAAAAUUUUGUAUUCGCGGAUGCCCCAAACUCAGCAAGCAAUGUUCCUGUACAUCAGCUUGAUGACAGUGACAGGCUGCCGCUCGAGGGGGAGUCAGGGGGAGCUGUCAAGCAGCAGCCUCCCACAUCUGCAUCAAAACCAGCAUCAGUACCUGUCAAAGCUGAUCAGUCUAACAAGAAACACGAUGGAAACUACAUUACAGAGGAAGACUUACCUCCCGAGAUACAGGAGAGCAUGCAAGAGCGACCAACAUUCUUGCCUGCACCCCCGAAGAUCCCUCUUCAUCGUACGACCCACGCUAUGCAGGACCACAACUAUCGAAGGAUGGAUAACCCCCGCGCGCAGCUCGUGAAGUCGCGCGAGCUGCCGGGAGUGCCAAAAGAGAAUGCACCUGGUGAGAGUGCGAAAGUUGCCAUGACGCCCAAAGAAUUUGAAGAGAUUGCACAGGUGCUGUAUGCAACAGCACUGGCAUCAGGUGACAGAACGGCGAGUGCGGGAGAUGAGCCGUGA